AUGCCAGCAGACAAGAAGUACACAAACGACUUGCAGAAAGUCAUGACUGAAAGCAUCCGAGUCAGCCAGCGCCACGGGCACAGCCUUGUCAAUCAGUAUCACAUUGCUGCCGCUCUCUUCGCCGACGACGACUCUAUAUCGUCGAAGGCAGUGCAAAAGUGUUCAGGGGAUGUCUCUGCAAUUCGACGAGCCAUCGAGACUGGUCUAAAGAAGACGCCCUCUGUCACUCCGGUCCCCGACACCCCGUCCCCUGCAGGAGGAUAUCUGGGGAUAAUCAAUAAGAUGAGCGCAUACGCAGAAGAGGGACGCGAUGAGUAUCUUUCGACGUUUCACCUUGCAAAGGCCGCGGCACAGGACACCGAUCUCGCCCGCUGUCUUCGCGAGGGCCGUGUGACAUCCAACCGGUUCGUGGAGGAGAUUGAGAAGAUGAAGAAAGGACGCUCCAUGAAUUCGGAGUUCGCAGAGGAUACGUGUGAAGCUCUCGAGAAAUACUGCGUGGAGAUGGUUGCUAAGGCUGAGGAAGGCAAGUAUGACCCGCUCAUUGCCCGCGAUAAUGAGCUUCGGCGCAUCGUCGAGAUUCUAAGUAGGAGGACAAAGAACAACCCCGUGUUAACAGGCCCUGCUGGCGUGGGAAAGACGGCUAUCCUCGAAGGCCUUGCUCAACGUAUUGUUCGCGCAGAUGUUCCGCAGAACAUCAGAAACGCUCGCAUAUAUGCUCUUGAUCUAGGGGCGCUUAUUGCAGGGGCGCAGUAUCGUGGGCAAUUCGAGGAGCGCCUUAAGGCUAUUUUAGACGAGCUCAAGAAGUCAGAAGGAAACUCCAUCCUCUUCAUCGAUGAGAUCCACACGCUGAUUGGAGCGGGUGGUUCUAAGGGGACCUCUGAUGCGGCAAACCUACUGAAGCCUGCACUUGCCCGCGGAGAGAUACGAUGCAUCGGGGCAACAACUACUGAAGAGUACAGGAACCACAUUGCAAGCGACCGUGCCUUUGAGCGUCGGUUUGCUGAAGUCUUCGUCGCCGAGCCCAACGUGGAAGAUACAAUUUCCAUCUUGCGGGGCCUUUCAGGGCGAUACCAAUCUCACCACCAAAUCCGAAUCACGGACGGGGCACUUGUGGCUGCUGCCCAACUUGCUAACAGAUAUGUGCGAGCCAUGGGGCGUCACAACCCAGACGCAGCAAUAGAUCUUCUGGAUGAGGCGGGCGCAUCUGUACGUGUGACUCUGGAUUCGCAGCCGGCACAGCUUGAUGCCCUCAAUAGAAAGAAGCUACGCCUCCAAAUCGAGGAGGAGGCGCUUCGGCGUGAAAGCGAGGCACGCAACGCAGACUCCAGCAUAUCAAAGCGUCUUGCCGAUAUAAUAAAGGAGAUUUCCAAUAUCGACAUGCAAAUUAAGCCAUUGGAGGAGCAGUACAACAGAGAGCGCUCCAGCAUAGAUAAGAUCAGCAACAUCAAGGCUCGGAUUACUGCCCUUGAAGACAAGCUUGAGGUCUACACAACCCGCGGAGAAGUCUCGAAAGCAGCAGAUCUACAGUACGGGGCCAUUCCUGAGUUACGUGAUGAGCUUCGGCGUCUCGAGAAGGAGCAGGAGGCCGCAAGCUAUGCACACCACGACGAGAAGGCGAUGCUCUCGGCUGUCGUCACAGAGAUGGAGGUUGCGAAUGUCGUUUCCAAGUGGACUGGGAUUCCAGUCAACAAGCUGACGCGCACAGACCGCGAGAAGCUUUUGAGCCUUGAGCAGACGAUCUCAUCGAAGGUGAUCGGCCAGGAACCUGCAGUGAAGGCUGUCUGUAGCUCUAUUCUACGUGCUCGUGCAGGGCUUUCGCGUCCCACGCAACCUUUGGGGAGCUUCUUGUUUUUGGGCUCCUCCGGUGUAGGGAAAACGUACCUUGCAAAGACCAUCGCAGAAGAGUUAUAUGACUCUGUAGACUCGAUGAUCCACAUAGAUAUGUCUGAGUAUACGGAGCAACACAGCGUUAGUCGGCUGAUAGGUGCACCUCCAGGAUAUGUCGGCUACGAGCAAGCGGGGCAGCUGACAGAGGCGGUGAGUCGCAAGAGGUAUGCAGUUGUUCUCUUUGACGAGAUAGAAAAGGCCCAUCCGAAGAUACUUACGAUUCUCUUACAGAUUCUUGACGAGGGCCGGCUAACAGAUGGAAAGGGGAACUGCGUGGACUUCACAAAUACGGUAAUCAUGUUGACGAGUAACCUAGGUAGCCGUGAGCUCCUACAGUGCUACCACAGCAAUGUCUCUGCCAGCCAAGCAAAGCAGGCAAAGGAACACGUCAUUGGAGUUGUUCGAAGCACGCUGCCUCCAGAGCUCAUCAACCGCCUCGAUGAUCUCAUAGUCUUCAACCCGCUUACAAAAGAUGCCCUUGUUAAGAUCUUUCGCAGUCUUUGCGGGCAGCUUGAAGAGCGUCUUCAACAUGAAUCAGGGCUUCGCCUCCGAGUGGACGAUGCUGUGGCCGACAUUGCUCUCCGCGACAGCGAUAUGGUCUAUGGAGCCCGGCCUCUGAGGCGCUUUAUCGAGAGAGAGAUUACCACCGCAGUCGCCCGAAAGUUGAUCGAGGUCCCGUCAGAUGCUCGUUCCAAUCGCGAAAAGCGUCGCUGUGUGCACGUUUCUGCCAAGGAUGACGGGAUAUUUGUGACCAUCGUCUAG